UCUAUCACAGAUCAGGAUACGUGUCAUUUUUUUUUUCACUUACGGAGCUGUUUUGCAGCGACAGGGGAUCGGAGAGCCCAGCGUGUACCACGCCGUGGUGGUUAUUUUCCUGGAAUUCUUUGCCUGGGGGCUGCUGACCACGCCGAUGCUAACGGUGUUACACCAGACUUUUCCUCAUCACACAUUCUUGAUGAAUGGCCUGAUUCAUGGAGUCAAGGGUCUGCUUUCUUUUCUAAGUGCCCCACUGAUUGGUGCUCUCUCUGAUGUCUGGGGCAGGAAGUCCUUCCUCCUCCUCACCGUCUUCUUCACGUGUGCGCCAAUUCCCCUUAUGAAGAUCAGUCCAUGGUGGUAUUUUGCUGUCAUUUCCAUGUCUGGAGUCUUUGCUGUCACCUUUUCUGUGAUUUUUGCCUAUGUUGCUGAUAUCACACAGGAGCAUGAACGCAGCACAGCGUAUGGCUUGGUGUCAGCCACGUUUGCUGCUAGUCUGGUCACAAGCCCAGCGAUUGGUGCGUACCUUUCCCAAGCCUAUGGCGAUACGUUGGUGGUUGUGCUAGCUUCAGGUGUUGCUUUGCUGGAUAUUGGUUUCAUCCUGCUGGCUGUGCCAGAGUCUCUGCCAGAAGAGAUGCGCCCAGUCUCUUGGGGAGCUCCAAUCUCUUGGGAACAAGCAGACCCGUUCGCUUCCUUGCGGAAGGUGGGUCAGGAUUCCACAGUGCUGCUCAUCUGUAUCACCGUCUUUCUAUCCUACCUUCCUGAAGCCGGCCAGUACUCCAGCUUUUUCCUGUACCUGCGACAGGUCAUUGGUUUUUCCUCCGAGACUGUGGCAGCCUUUAUUGGCGUAGUUGGGAUUCUCUCUAUCCUGGCUCAGACAGUAGUGCUGGGAAUUCUCAUGCGUUCGAUAGGAAAUAAAAACACCAUCCUGUUGGGACUAGGCUUCCAGAUCCUGCAGCUUGCCUGGUAUGGCUUCGGAUCACAGCCUUGGAUGAUGUGGGCAGCAGGAGCUGUGGCUGCGAUGUCUAGCAUCACCUUCCCAGCCAUCAGUGCCAUGGUGUCCAGGAACGCGGACCCCGACCAACAGGGUGUGGUGCAGGGGAUGAUCACUGGAAUUCGGGGUCUGUGUAAUGGCCUGGGGCCAGCGCUCUAUGGCUUCGUCUUCUAUCUCUUCCAUGUGGAGUUGAAUGAAAUGGCUGAGGUGGAAACGUUGGGUAAGGCCUCCAAACCCAACAUGGCCAACCCUACGGACGAGAGCAGCAUUAUCCCAGGGCCUCCGUUCCUGUUUGGGGCUUGUUCUGUCCUGCUGUCGCUCCUGGUGGCCUUGUUCAUUCCGGAACACAACCUUGCACUGAGAUCGGGCAGCCACAAGAAGCACAGUAACGGAGCCCAGGCGCACGCCCACAGCCCGCAGGCCGGAGGAUUGGAUGGCAAGGAGCCCCUGCUCGAGGACAGCAGCGUAUGAGGUUGGGAGAGAAGGACCUGGCUUGCGUCUCAACUCCAGAUCAAGGACGGACUUAGCCAGUCGGAGUUUGGGGAGAGAGGGUGGGGGGAGAGAAGAAAGGAGGUAACAGCCUGUGCCACUAACAGCUAAUGAGAAGGGACAGGGUUUCCCUUCGAGCCAAAUAUACCCAGCUGGUGCAAAAAUGGAAUUGUAUCACCUGGUGCUGGUGGGAAGGGGAGAUGCUGAACUGCUCCACACGUAGGGGUGGCUUUUUAAAGCAAACCUGCCCUUGUACGGGAAUACUGAACUUCAUGGUGUGACCUGCCAAAUACUCAACUCACCAGUGAAAAAUUAAGGAGCUAGCGUUGUCGUUGUUCUAACGUGAACUAACUGAGUUGCCAGCCAGAGUGAAACGAGGCAUCUGUUACACGCCCCAUCCCCUUACGUAGCUGGUACUUGCUACUGAUCCCGCCGCAGCUCGAUGGCAAACCCCGGCCUGGGGAGAGGCUCGACCGCUGUGGUGCGCAGCCCGUGCUGCCGCACACCGAGCAGAAAGCGCGUGUGUGUGAAUUACGAGGAAUGGGUAGAGUAGCCAAGUGCCAGCAGGUCCCUGCUGCUUGAGGGUCUGGUGAAUUUGCCUGUUCUGGCCCAAGUGAAACUUAGACCCAAAAAAAAAAAUCUGCU